GCCCGGCGGAGGAUGACCGGCAAAAACCAAACCAGCAACGUGACCAACAAGAAUGACCCCCGCUCGCUCAACUCUCGCGUCUUCAUCGGCAACCUCAACACGGCCAUCGUCAAGAAGACCGACAUCGAGGUGAUCUUCGCCAAGUACGGCAAGAUCGCCGGCUGCUCCGUGCACAAGGGCUACGCCUUCGUGCAGUACAUCGGCGAGCGCAACGCCCGGGCGGCGGUGGUGGGCGAAAACGCCCGCGUCCUCGCCGGACAGCCUCUGGACAUCAACAUGGCCGGGGAGCCCAAACCGUACCGACCCAAAAGCGUCUCCAAGAGGCCCCUCUCGGCGGUCUACAGUGGUUACGAGUUUGACUACGAGUACUACAGAGAUGACUUCUACGCCAGGCUUUUUGACUACCACGGGCGAGCGGCACCGUCCCCGCGGUCCGCCAUCCCCCUGAAACGCUCCAGGGUCCCGCCGGCCUCGUCCCGCCGCGUCAAGACCUCUUCGCCCGUCAAGUCGUCCUCAUCCUCCAUGUCGUCCUUGGGACCUCCCGCCUCCUCCCCCUGCCCCGAUGCCGUCAAAGUCAAGACGGAGCAGCUGCAGACCAUCAGGAGGGAGCUGACGCAGAUCAAGACCAAGAUCGACUCCCUGCUAGGACGCCUGGACAAGAUGGAGAUGCGGCAGCGAGGCAUGUCCGAGGCUCAAAGGAUGUACGAGGACAACCGCGACAGAGGCGACGAGUCGGCGUCGGAAGCGGUCGAUGACUCCGGCGAGGAGGGCGGUGACGGCGCACCGACGGACGUCGAGGCCGGGGAGAUGAGCGACGCCGGUGACGACGACGAGGAAGAGGAGGAAGGUGCCCUUCAUCUGAUGGAAAACCACAUUUCCGACGUCGACAACUGAGCACCGGCAUCUCUUCCAGUAGAGCUGGUGCAAUGUGGGCUGACUAAUAAUGCUGGAAGGAGGUUUUUUUUUUUUACACUUCAUUCGCACUCUAUAUUUACUCGUAAUAACAUAAUUAAAUAGAAUCGCGAGGAUUGGGCAAUUUGCGCGUCAUGAUUCAUUCGUUGCGACGCCUUGUGUUGUGGCGUUCGCAACCUGGCCACCAGGGGGCGGCAUACGUUGCUAAAGUCACAAAGCAAGACCCAGCACCGCAUAAAUGCAAUUGAUCAGAUUUGGAGCCACUUUCUGGGAUCUUGGUAAAAGAGUUCGCCUCGCUGCAGGAGGUCGAGGAAUUGGCAAUUCCCUUCACCUGGCGAGGAAGGACGACAAGAUGAAGAUUGGACUGCAUUGGAACAGACGCUAAAUCAAAGCUACCUUAUGUAAAAAAAAAAAAAAAAGAAGAAAAAUGGAGGCAAGCAAGAGGCGGCCACGACUUGGCACUCCCGAAGUUACUUUCCGUUGUGCGCUGGACUGUCAUUGUCUCCCAUCGAGAAACUUUGGAUCAUUUCCUACCAUUUGGUCGUCCACAAUGGACAGCCUACGACAUUUUGAAAUCAUUUGAUGCACGUUGCUCGUCUACAACCGUGCCAUUGUUUUCCCUCUUCACUGUUUUUUGCUCAGUAACCAAAUGUCGCUAUUUAAUGCUGCGUAUUUUUUUUCGUGUAUUUUUGUGUGUGCGCACUGAACACUUGUUUACAUUUUGUGAUUACAUGUUAUGAUAAAAGGUGCCAACUCACCGUGGCCGAAGAUUUGACGGCAUUCAUUGUGCUCCUCUGAAUCCGUGCGGCUGUUGUUUGUUUCUUUGUUUUUGUUUUGCUCUUCUCUGGCUGUCCAGAUUUCGAAUCGACUGCUGCGCUUUUAAGGCUCACUGCACGCAAAUUCCACCUGCAAAAAAAAUGUUCACAAAAGUACAAUGAACGAUUCGAAACAUUUACGUCAAAUAUGUUUGUGUGCGUGUGUGCGUGCUCACUCCCACCCACUUUAAAUAUAUUUAUUAAAACACACUUAAGAAAAUGUUCCAGAGCUGUUGUCACUUCUUAGCUUUCAAGAAACUAAAAAAAAAAUAAAAAAUUCUUGCUCACACAGCUUGAGAAGAAAUUGUCUUUCGUGGAGCUAAAAAGCUCCAAAUCCAGACCGUUUAAAAAAAAAAAAAGCGCCGCAUCGGUGAUUUGUGUGCACUGACCCUUUAAAUCACAAACUCAUAUCUAGAAUCCAAAACGGCUUGGAACAAUCCUUUCUUACCUUCGUUCAUUUUGCGAAGCGUUGUAAGUAGAGAGGUCGUUACCAUGACAACUGCAGCUAGACUACAAGAGCAGUUGUCGACAGCCCUAGCUGCAGAAAACUGAUGUAUAGAAAAUGUACAUUUUUUUGUAUCAAUAUUUUUUAUCAAAAGCAUGUUUACUGUACUUUUUUUUCAGUUGAUGCUCAAAUAGAACAAAUAGAAAACUAUGAUAGAACACAGUAUAAAUAUAUAAAACGGCUGUAAGGAAAAGGAAAGCUCAUUGUUGUUUAUCGUGUAUAUAAAACAAGUUGUGUUCUUCUGAAGUCAAUAAAAUGUGUCACGUUUA